CACCGUUCCUGCUAGGUCGGCUCGCUUCCUCGCGUGGAUCUGGACCCAGGGAGAAGGCGUCUGAGGGCAGUGCGGGCUCAGGGAGCGGAGCGAGGCUGCCGAGAGCGAGCCGGGAGCUGUGGGGCUGCAGUGCGAUGAAGCAGCGGCUCAGGGAGCGGAGGCUGGCGGUGUGGCGAGACGGUCCGGCCCGGGGCCGGGACUGCUGCUCCGGAGGCUGCUGAAGGCGCCGCGGCGGCCGGCGCAGAGCACGGCGGGCGAGAGGGAGGAGAGGCUGCGGAGCGCGGGGAAGCCGGGCUGGGCGGCCGGCGGCUCGGGUUGGCCUCCCCGGUUGGGAUCCCCCGGGUGGAACCAUGCGGGUGGCCAAGUGGCUGACGGGGCUGCUCUACCAGCUCUCGCUGUUCAUCACCAGAUCUUGGGAAAUUCACUUGCACCCCAGGCAAGAAGCCCUGGUAAGGACGCUGACCUCCUACGAAGUGGUGACCCCCGCGCGGGUCAAUGAGUUUGGCGAAGUGUUUCCUCAGAGCCACCACUUCAGCCGGAGGAAGCGCAGCUCGGAGGCCCUGGAGCCCCCGCCAUUCAGGACCCACUACCGAAUCAGCGCCUACGGGCAGCUCUUCCAGCUGAACCUGAGCGCGGACGCGGCCUUUCUGGCCACUGGCUACACCGAGGUGCACCUGGGAGCUCCCGCGCGCGGGGCCGAGGAGCGCAGCGUGGUGGCCCCGGAUCUACGCCACUGCUUCUAUCGAGGCCAGGUCAAUGCUCGGGCGGAUCAUACGGCGGUCUUCAGCCUCUGUGGAGGCCUGAUGGGAACAUUUAAAGCGCAUGAUGGUGAAUAUUUCUUAGAACCUAUAAUGAAGGCAGAUGGGAGUGAACCUGAAGAUGAUCAUAACAAGCCACAUCUUAUAUACAGACAGGAAUUAAAGAGCAGCUAUUUUCUGCAAUCUCCCCAGCCUUGUGAAGUUUCAGAAAGUCAAAUAAAGAAAACCACUUUACCCUUUCAAAACUACAGCAACACAAAUGAAGAUCUUAAUGUAAAGAAGGAAAUGGUUUUAGGGUACCCUGCAAAAAAUAAAUCAUUGGAAGAUGAAAGAAGUCAAUUACAUUCCAGGAAAAAACGUUUUUUAUCCUACCCAAGAUAUGUGGAAGUUAUGGUUACAGCUGACGCUAAAAUGGUUCAUCAUCAUGGACAGAAUUUGCAGCACUAUGUACUAACACUAAUGUCAAUUGUUGCAGCAAUCUACAAGGACUCAAGUAUUGGAAAUCUUAUCAACAUAGUAAUCGUGAAAUUAGUUGUAAUUCAUAACGAACAGGAAGGACCAGUCAUCAGUUACAAUGCAGCUACCACAUUGCGUAACUUUUGUUUAUGGCAGCAAACUCAGAAUGUUCUUGAUGAUGCUCACCCUUCUCACCAUGACACUGCUGUUCUUAUCACUAGGGAAGACAUUUGUGGAGCUAGGGAGAAAUGUGACACAUUAGGUUUAGCAGAACUAGGUACCCUGUGUGAUCCUUUACGGAGCUGCUCUAUUAGUGAAGAAAAUGGACUGAGUGCUGCCUUUACCAUAGCGCACGAACUUGGCCAUGUAUUCAACGUUCCACAUGAUGAUAGUUUUAAAUGUAAGGAACCUGGGAUUAAACACCAAUAUCAUGUAAUGGCUCCAACUUUAAAUUACCACACAAGUCCUUGGACCUGGUCAAAAUGUAGUCAGAAAUAUAUCACUGAAUUCCUAGAUACUGGCCAUGGGGAAUGCCUCCUUGACAAACCAAAUGGAAGAAUAUAUGAUCUGUCUUCACAACUUCCUGGAUUAAUGUACGAUGUGAACAAGCAGUGUGAACUGAUGUUUGGCCCUGGAUCACAAGUAUGUCCCUACUUGAAGCAAUGCAGACGUCUCUGGUGUACGAGUGCAGAAGGAGUUCACAAGGGUUGUCGCACUCAGCACAUGCCCCUUGCAGAUGGCACAAACUGUGGUCCUGGGAUGCAUUGCCACCACGGGCUAUGUGUAAACAAAGAAAUGGAAACACGUCCUGUAGAUGGUGAAUGGGGACCAUGGGGACCUUACAGCUCUUGUUCAAGAACAUGUGGAGGUGGAAUCAAAAGCACAAGCAGGCUCUGUAAUCGCCCCGAGCCAAGAAACGGAGGAAAGUACUGUGUGGGCCGCAGGAUGAAAUUUCGAUCAUGUAAUACUGAUUCAUGUCCAAAAGGCAAGCAAGACUUUCGAGAGAAGCAGUGCUCUGAUUUUGAUGGUAAACAUUUCAACAUCAAUGGUCUUUCCCCUAAUGUGAGGUGGCUUCCAAAAUACAGUGGGAUUGCCAUAAAAGAUCGCUGUAAACUCUAUUGUCGGGUUGCUGGAACCACAAACUUCUACCAGUUGAGGGAUAGGGUUGCCGAUGGUACUCCUUGUGGAACUGAAACUAAUGACAUCUGUGUUCAAGGCCUGUGUCGGCAAGCUGGCUGUGAUCAUGUGUUAAACUCCAAGGCCAGGAGAGACAAAUGUGGAGUGUGUGGUGGGGAUAAUUCUUCAUGCCGGACAAUGGCAGGUGUCUUCAACAGUGCUCAUUAUGGUUAUAAUGUUGUUGUCAAGAUUCCCGCAGGAGCAACAAACAUUGAUAUUCUUCAGCACAGCUAUUCUGGAAAACCAGAAGAUGACAAUUACCUUGCAUUAUCUGACACUCAGGGGAAUUUUCUUUUAAACGGGAAUUUUGUUGUAAGUAUGUCAAAAAAAGAAAUCAACAUACAAGGAGCUAUUUUUGAAUACAGUGGUUCAAACAGCUCAAUUGAAAGAAUUAAUAGUACUGAUCGGCUGGAGGAAGAAAUUGUUCUGCAGGUUUUGUGUGUGGGUAAUUUAUACAACCCUGAUGUACGAUAUUCCUUCAAUAUCCCUGUGGAAGAGAAGAGCGACCUAUUCACUUGGGAUCCUCAUGGACCAUGGCAAGACUGUACCAAGAUGUGUCAAGGUCUUCAUAGAAGAAAAAUUGCCUGCGUUCGGAAGAGUGAUCAUGUGGUGGUUUCUGAUCAGAGAUGUGACCACUUACCACUUCCAUUGUUUGUGACUGAAAGGUGCAAUACAGACUGUGAACUAAGGUGGCACAUCAUUGGCAAAAGUGAAUGCUCAUCCCAUUGUGGUCAAGGAUAUAGGUCCUUAGAUGUUCACUGCAUGAAGUAUUCCAUUCAUAAAGGACAGACUGUUCCAGUAGAUGACCACUACUGUGGUGACCAACUUAAACCUCCCACACGAGAACCCUGCCAUGGUGACUGUGUCUUAACAAGAUGGCAUUAUUCAGAAUGGUCCCAGUGUUCUAGGAGUUGUGGAGGAGGGGAAAGGUCUCGAGAAUCUUACUGUAUAAAUAACUUUGGCCACCGUCUUGCUAACAGAGAAUGCCAAGAGCUUCCUCGCGUGACGACAGAGAAUUGCAAUGAAUUUUCCUGCCCCAGUUGGGCUACUAGUGAGUGGAGUGAGUGUCAUGUUACAUGUGGAAAAGGAACAAAACAGCGGCAGGUGUGGUGUCAGCUGAAUGAAGACCACUUGAGUGAUGGUCUCUGCAAUCCAAGCACCAAACCUGAGUCUCUAAGGCCGUGUGAGCUUCAUGCGUGUGCUUCCUGGCAAGUCGGACCGUGGGGUUCUUGCACAGCCACAUGUGGACGAGGGUAUCAGAUGCGUGCUGUUAAAUGUGUCAAUGAGCUACUCAGUGCAGUCUUAGAUGACAGAGCGUGCCACGGAGCUAGUCGCCCAAGUGAUAGGCAGGACUGUUCGGUUAUGCCUUGCCCAGUUAUUCCUAAAAUUGGGGCCACUUCAUUGCCAGCUAUUCCUACAGGAAAGAUAGCUCAGUGGCGACAUGGUUCUUGGACCCCAUGCUCUGUGUCUUGUGGACGAGGUAAUCAAGCCCGCUAUGUAAGCUGUCGUGAUGCUUAUGAUGGAAUAGCAGAUGAAUCCUAUUGUGCCCAUUUACCCCGACCUGCUGAGAUAUCUGUCUGUUUUAACCCUUGUGGAGAGUGGCAAACUGGGAAUUGGUCACCUUGUUCAGCUUCCUGUGGCCAUGGAAAAACAACUCGACAAGUUUUAUGCAUCAACUACCAUCAGCCAAUUAAUGAGAAUUACUGUGACCCUGCAAUUCGCCCUUUGAUCGAACAAGAAUGUAACCUGGCAGCCUGCCCACCCAUGUACAGUCACUUUCCAAGUUCCUCUGAGCAGCCAAGCCAUUUUCCAGGCAGGAAUUUUCCAUUAACUCACAAACCAGAAGAUAAUCAAAAUCAGAGGGUCCAUCUGUCAAUCAGCGGAAAUCAAUGGAGAACAGGACCGUGGGGAUCAUGCUCCAGUAGCUGUGCGGGAGGCGUGCAGCACAGAGUCGUGGUCUGCCAGGAUGAAAACGGACGGAGUGCCAGUUAUUGCGAUGCGGCCGCGAGGCCCCCAGAGUCCAAGCGCUGUGAUUCAGGACCUUGUCCGCGGUGGAACUUUGGAAGCUGGGGAGAAUGUACACAAACAUGUGGAGGAGGAAUAAAAUCAAGAGUCGUAACAUGUCAAUUUCCCAAUGGCCAAAUGUCACAAGAGCAAAACUGUGAGAUGUUAAGCAAGCCACCUAGUGUGGUGCAGUGUCAUGUGCAUGCUUGCCCUGGGGACGUAUCAUGGCAUCGGGGACCAUGGAAGUCGUGCUCAGCUUCUUGUGGUAAAGGUUUAAAGUACCGUGAGGUGCUUUGCAUUGACCAGUUCCAAGGGAAAUUAGAAGAAACAUAUUGCAGUCAUCUACAGAAACCUCGAACUCACAAAGCUUGUAGAUCUGUCAGAUGCCCUUCAUGGAAAGCCAAUAGGUGGAAGGAGUGCUCUGUGACCUGUGGUCCUGGAGUUCAGCAAAGGGAUGUGUACUGUCGGCUGAGAGGCGUUGGUCGGGUGGCUGAAGAAAUGUGUGCUGGAUCCACCCGGCCUGAUUUUCAGCGGCAAUGUUGGCGUCAGGACUGCAUGCAGUACCAGUGGGUGGCAGGAGAGUGGCUGAACUGUUCAACAUCAUGUCAUAAAAAAGAGACACAUCGGCAAGUGAAGUGCAUUGAUGCACAAAACAUUCAAGUGAAUGAGAGUUUCUGUGAACCUUCCACCAGACCUCUUUCAAUCAAGAAAUGCAGGAACCCUUCCUGCAAGUAUAUUGUGGUAACAGGAGACUCAUCACAGUGUGCAGGUAACUGCGGAUUUAGUUACCGACAAAGGAUUACAUACUGCAUUGCAGUCUGGUCUACUGAGAAAUAUAAGCUUCAUCAGCUUUGGCCUAUAGACUAUCGAGAAUGCCCUGUUCUGCCUUCCCCUCAGGUUUACAAAUGCAAUUUUAGGAGCUGUUUGCAUGUGGCCACUUGGAAAGUUGGAAAAUGGAGCAAGUGCUCAGUGACUUGUGGAGCUGGGAAAAUGGAGAGAAGAGUGGAAUGCAUGUCUAUAAAUGGUCGGUCCAGUAACUUAUGUUUAAAGCGUUUAAAACCAGAUUCUCAAAAGAAGUGUUAUGUCAAUGAUUGUAAAACAUUUACCAGCUGCAAAGAAAUCCAAGUGAAAAGCAACAUUACCAUGGAUGGUGACUAUUACCUUAACAUUAAGGGAAGAAUAAUAAAGAUCUAUUGUGCAGGCAUGCACUUGGAGAACCCCAAGGAAUAUAUAUCAUUGGUUAAAGGUGAAGAAGACAACUUUUCUGAAGUAUAUGGUGUCAGACUACAAAAUCCAUAUGAAUGUCCUUUUAAUGGAAGUAGGAGGCAAGACUGUGAGUGUAAAAAUGACUACCUGGCUGCUGGACACACUGUAUUCAGCAAAAUAAGAAUUGAUCUCAGUUCCAUGCAAAUUAAAACCACAGACCUUCUUUUUGCCCAGACAAUAUUUGGAAAAGCAGUUCCAUUUGCCACAGCUGGAGAUUGCUAUAGUGCUGCCAGAUGUCCACAGGGACAGUUCAGCAUUAACUUGGCAGGAACUGGGAUGAGGAUAUCCAACACAGCAAAGUGGCUUGCUCAGGGGAGUUAUGCCUCUGUCAUCAUCCACAGAUCACAAGAUGGAACCAAAGUCUACGGGAGAUGUGGAGGGUUCUGUGGAAAGUGUAUUCCUCACAUGACUACUGGUCUCCCAAUUCAAGUAAUAUGAACAUUCAGAAAUGGGAAGUAUGAGGAGAUAUUCUCUGGAAUAUCUGCGAAUAACCGGUGCUCGUUUCUUUACUCUUCCCUUCCUGAGAUUUCCACAUCCAAAAUGUCUGUGCCUUUUCUUUUCCUUUUCUUUCUUUCUUUUUUUUUUUUCCAGGGUGCUCAUCAGGGAAUCAAAUCACUGCUUAAUUUUUCCAAAGCCUUCAAAAUAAGCUUAACAUAUAUAUGAUUCUAAUCGGGAUCUUUUUAAAAGGACACAAUAAUUUAUGGUAGAGUAUACAGAUAUUUGAAUGAAUUAUACCAAGGUAAUGUUGCUGUUAACAAACAGCUUGGAAUGGAUUACAGUUAUAUUAUACCUAUAAUCGCACAUACAAAUCUCUACUCAGUACUGAAUUGUACAAUGAAAUGUUUAUUCUACUUGUUUAAAAUGGAGCAAGUAAAAAUUAGGAAAAUGAAUUUAUUUAAAACAACUAUAAACAUUAUUAAAUCUGUCAGGUGAAUAGCAAAUCCAUAGUCACAUCAAAAAGUACAUAGCCAUUAUACUUUCUACUGAUACAGCUUAGAUACCUUGUUUUAUAUUUCCUUUAAUUUUUAAUUGUGGGUUAUGGUGCUUCAAAUAAAAAAAAUUAUCCUGGAAAUGCAGUAUACUUUUAUAUUAAAAAUGUAUGCUUGGGUUAAAUACAAAUAUGAAAAUUUGUGGGUAUAACACAGAAGAUAUGAUAUAGUAGAAUUUUACUUAAAACACCUACCUCUAAUUUGAUUGUACAUACAAAAGCAAUAUGUUGUUUUUAUAAUGUUUAUAUUCUGUCUCAAUAACUCUUAUAUAUGUAUAUGUUUACUCUGAAAGGUCUAGUUUCUCAAAAACUAUAUACUGUACUUUAUUAAUCAAAUAGAGAAAUGAGAACAAUUGAAAUUUUGGAAAUCCCAUUUUGGUAAACAAAAUUAUGUUUACAUAUGCAAAAUUUUUAUUAGAGAUGUUCAAGUUAUUUUAUAUCUGAGGUUCUCAAAGCCAAAACAUAAAAGAUAGUAUACAAAAAUUAACUGUUCAUGGGUAAAUUCUCAGGCAUUUAGAGAUUUUUUUCAGGUGAAUAAUUUGUGUACUAUAUAAUAAUGUGAUUUUAAAAGAAUCAUAGACAAAUAGUAUUUUCCUAUGGCAACUUCUCUGUAAACCAAAAAAUGAAUCUACUAAUAGAUUUUUGCCAGGAAAUAGUUAGUGUACUAGUUUUACCCACAACGUUUUUUUUCCCCCAAAACAUUUAUUAUUAUUUAUUUUUUCCCCAAACAUAUAUUGUACCAUAUAAGGUACUAAGGCUAUUUAUGCCAGUGUGGUUAGAUAAACAUUUAGGGAUCUCUGUAUCAGAAAUGAAGUAUUUUGCACUAUGUGCCUUAAACCAGUUACAAUCAUUAAUACAAAAUGUGUAACAUUUUCUAGAAAUGUUUUCAUUCUUAAUUAAAAUCUUACAAACAUUUAAAUAAUAAACAUAUCUGUGUGAUACAUUA